AUGUCUAACAUCCGACCAUUCAACUUCAACUCAGAUUUUUUGAAGCCAAACGCCAGUAGCGCCAGCAAGAUGCCUGGGUCUCAGGAAGCCACAGACGCAUGGGUCCAUAACACCCAUCCACCCCUCUUCUGGGAAUUCAUCGCCGAGCACCCAAUAUCCCAGAAGCUGAAAAAUAUGAAAGCCGCACUGAACGCCGGUGCCGAUCCAAAUGAGAUGGACCACGAGCGUGAUCGACGUCGCAGUCUCGGUCGGCCUCUCCAUUGCGCCAUAGGGGACUGGGGCAACCCUGACUUUAUCAAAGAAAACAUCCAAGCGAUCAAGCUAUCGCUCGAACAUGGUGCUGAUCCCCGUCUGCCUGGCCCAGAGGUCAAGCCUGCACAUUUAGGGCUGCAGUCGCCCUUGGAGCAUGCAAGGCGACUAGCGAUGAGCGAGUGGCCGGGGGUAAAAGAACUGUUGGAAUGCGGGUAUUAUGCAGAAGCUUAUCGUGUUAUGAAAGAGGCUGCUGAUGGUUUGGAUCGUAAGUGA